GCAUUUCCCGGCGAGCGGCGGUGCCCGCAGCACCUGUCUCCCGGUGCGCGGGCGGGGAGGACGGCGCGGGGCAUGGCCUGGUAGAGGCCCCUGGGGAGACGGUGAGGAGUCCAGUCCGGAGCAGGGCAGGAGGCGGAGGGACGGUCCUCCCCGGCGCCUGCUCGGCCGGCGGCAGCAUGAAAAAGAACCCGACGGUGCAGGGCACCUUCAGCAAACUCUUCGGCAAGAAGCACGCCAACCCUCCCGCCACCUCCCUCUACGCCACCAACCCCCCCUGGAUUUUCACCCAGGAGGCCCCGGAGGAGGGGACCCGGCACUUCGACGGCAUCUAUUAUGGAGACAACCGAUUUGACACAGUGAGUGAGUCAGGAACCGCCACGCUGAAAGCUCGGCCAAGAGUCCGGCCCCUGCUGACCUUUCUUCCACUGGAUGCCCAGGAGAACCAUGGACUGGCUGUGCCCACCCCCUCUGUCCCAGACAGCUUUGCAGACAAACAAAUGACAGGCACCAGCAAGCUCAUCAACGGCAACCUCCGAUUAUACAGCUCUGUGGGGGACCUAAGGCCCGGGCACUAUGGCCAGGACUUGCUCAUCCCCCCGCCACCCCCAGGCCCAGCCCCGGCACCACCCUCAGACACUCCGCAGCCUCAAGAGGAGCCCUCACCACCACCUCCACCUUCCACAGCUCCCCCGCCUCCCCCGCUGCUGCUGGAACCCCCGUCCCCGCCCAGCGUGGCCCCACCUCUGCCCCCAGUAAUGGGGGCCCUAUCCGCCGCACCCCCCCUUCCCUCCCCAUCCACACCCACCCCUCCGGACUUCAUUCCCCCUGCCCCACCCCCACCCCUUUUGCCAGCCCCGGCUCCCCCAGCUCCAGUGUCUCCUCAUACACCGGGGACUCACCCCUUCCCCGCUGCGGGUGUCACCAAGUGGAAAUCAGAGGUAGCGGUGAGUGACGGGCAGCCAGAGGCCCCCAGAGGCAGCCCCCCCAGGAGCCCUGCUGAGCCCAAGGGGAGCCUCCUGGGACCGGAGACCCACCUCACCUUCCCCAGCUCGCUCAAGGUGCCUCCCCCAACCCCAGUCAGGACUUCAUCCAUCUCCAGUCAGGAAGCACAAGGGGCUCUUCCUGAGGAAGGAGAGGCCACCAAGAAGGCCCCCAGUCGACUCCCACUGCCUCCCAGCUUCCACAUCCGCCCCGCGUCCCAGGUCUACCCCGACAGGGCCACUGAGCCAGACCAUCCCGAGGAGCCCAGGGCUAUGGCACCAGCCAGUCCGAGGCCGAGCCAGUCCCAGGCCUGGACAAGUGAACAAGCCGAGACUCCACCUCCAGCCCCUCCCCUGCCCCCUCCUCCACCCCCACUCCCUCCCCCAGCACCCCCCCUGCCCCCAGCUGCCCCUCCUUUGCCAUCUGCUGAGAAGGCAGCCCCUCCACCGGCUGGGGUUAUGAAAAGACCCAAGUCCAGCUCUCCUGCUCCCAAACCCAAACUUGACCCCCCCAGCCCGGAGGACACAGCCUCUUCAGAGUCCGUGGACUGGCGGGAUCCCAGCCAGAUGGCAAAGCUGCGGAACGAGCUGUCAGCCUAUCUCUGUGGCUCCAGGAGAGAGGACCGGUUUGCCAGUCAUAGACCAGGCCCAAUUGCAGCCUCUCAGGGAAAGGAGAGCCAGAAGGGCCCCAGCCUGCCAGAGAAGGAGGCGCCCCCAAGCCUGCCCGAGAAGGAGGCGCCCCCAAGCCUGCCAGAGAAGGAGGCACCCCCAAGCCUGCCAGAGAAGGAGGCGCCCCCAAGCCUGCCAGAGAAGGAGGCGCCCCCAAGUGUUCCUGAGGAGAGUCCUUGCAGCCAGCCAGAGAGGAAGGCUGCCACCAGCCUGACCCUCCCUCCUGUGGACUACAUCCCCCAAGACUCGCCAACUCCUAGCAUCUGGCAGAUCCGGAAUAAGUUGGAGGCCCAGCUUUCCUCAUCAGCAGAGAAGGAAGCCAAGCCCAGCAGAGGGUCUCUGCCUCCCAAACCUCAGCUAGAAGGGGGAAGAAUCUUUGAAAACAGGGCUGAUAACGGCAAAUUCUCCAAGCCCGUGGCCAAGAAUCUGCCACCUCUAUCCACCACCCCUCUGCCAACCACACCACUCCAGUCCAAGGCCACGCCUGGACCAGCCACACCCGGACCAGCCACACCACCCAAGGCCACACCUGAGCCAGCCACACCUGGACCAGCCAUACCACCCAAGGCCACACCUGAGCCAGCCACACCUGGACCAGCCAUACCACCCAAGGCCACACCUGAGCCAGCCACACCUGGACCAGCCAUACCACCCAAGGCCAUACCUGAGCCAGCCACACCUGGAUCAGCCAUACCACCCAAGGCCACACCUGGACCAGCCACACCACCCAAGGCCACACCUCUGCCCACCACGUCAUCCCAACUGAUAGCAGAGAAGAACCUAGUCCCAGCUGGGCAGUGGGAGAAGCCAGAACAUCAGGAACUUGCAGUGCCCUCCAAGUCAGAGGCAGAAGGGCGCUCCUCAGAGACCAGUAAGCCUACACAGGGAGCCCUCUCAUCUCCAGCCCUCCCCCCAAAGAUAUCCCCUGGCCGAGAAGAGGUGCCAUUUCUCUAUAAGCCCCAUCGCAGCCAGAACAGCCCCAGCAGAGAUGUGGCCGUGGUGAUGCCCACCCUGUCCAGAGGAGAGGCUGUAGGGUCAGGGAAGCCUGUGGAGGUGAAGGAGCCCCAGGGGCUGCCAGCCAAACCCCCUGCCUCAGCCCAGCCCGCUGAGGAACUCCUCAGGCAUCCAGUGACAGGGGAGGUGGUGGAGCAGGGCUCCGCGAUGGCUCUGCUCCUUGCAGCCAGGCAGAGGGCACAGAAGGGGAGGUCCAGAGGGGCUGCCCUGGGCCAGUCCUCCCUGCCAGGGAGUCUCCAUCGCCACACCCAGCCCAGGGCAGGCUCUGACAGCAUCUUCUACAACGACGGCCAGCCCAACUCCUUCACAGUGGUCCCCAAGGUACCCAAGGAGACUGAGAAGGACCCCCAGCUAACCUCGCCAGGACAGCCCAAGGUAACCAGUCAGUGGAAGCCCCAGCCCCGCAGAGACCCAGAGGGCACGGAGCCCAGCCGCGUGUACAGCUGGACAAAGACGGAGCCGCAGGCCCCCGUGGCCUGGGAAAGACCAGCGCCCUCCAGCCUCCCCCAGGGCCGCCUGCUGCCCAAGUCCUCCUCUUUCCCUCCUCCUUCCCACAAGAGGGAGGAGGUGGAGUUCAACUUUGAGGUCAUCCCACCGCCGCCAGAAUUCAGCAAUGACCCCGCGCCCCCGCCCCGCGCCCUGCAGUAUCUGGGGCGCCGGGGCUCCCCUCCCCGGAACAACUUCUCAGACUUGGGGCAGCUCGCGGACGCGGGCCCCGCUUGCGGCUUCUCGCUCUUUUCCGCCAGAGCGGGCCCCUCCGGGGCCGCCAGGGCCCUGGACCAUUUCUCGGGCGGGGGCCGUUCGCUUAUCAAGAAGCGCCUGUACGUCGUCGGGGAGACCCACCGCAGCCCCAGGCUGCCCCGGGGCGGCACUGGCCGCAGCCCGACCUCCCCCAACUGCUUCGGGCCGCAGCCCAGAGGGCCCUUCGCAGCGCCCGGAGGCCCGGAGAUGCGGCGCGUCAACUCGACGACGGGUCGCGCGCCCCCCGCCGGCCUGCAGGCGCGGAAGAUGUCCCUGGAGGGCGCCCCCCGCGGAGAGGCCAAGUACAAAGCGCCCGGCGGCGGCGGCGGCGGCAACUGCGGCGACUGCGGCUGCGCCCCGGCUACCCGCAGGUCUCCCCACAGCAACCCCCACUAUGGAAGCUCCAUCAACACAUUCACCGUGAGGCCCGGGACCCGCCAUCCCAUCUCCUGUGCCUACUCGGGGGCCCAUAGGAAGGCCCCAUCCUGAGCCCAGGGUUUUCCCAGUUCCUCUCCAAGGGGUCGGAUCCAGGCACUUGUUUUUGUGGGGGUGGGAGGGACGCAGCAGGUGUUAAGUAGCCUCACUCAGACACAGAGAAGUCUGUUUCCCAAAGACAGACAGGGGGACAACAAGUGAAGCAGCGGCCCCAGGAAGAGUAAGAUUGAACUUCUGUUUCCCAAAGCACUGGUGUGGCUGUGGACUGUCUGCAGAUGGGGGUGGGAGGGGGAAGGAGGGAGGAGAGGAGGGACCUUUAAGGAGCUGGAGCCUGAGUUUUCACUGUCUGGUACUAUUUGCUUUAGCAAGGCUUAUUGUAAGCAGUUUUCCAAGCAGGCCUACUGAGCAGGUUCUAAAAGCAAGGGCUGGAGUGCUCGCUUAGAAUGGGAACCCAUCGGGAUGGCUGUGAUUGCUGGUCAGGCCCUCUUGAGGGGCUGAGGCCCAGCCCUGUCUGGGUUGGGGGUGCAGGGUGCUACAGGUUGACCUCCUCAGCCUCCACCAGUCCUCCAGUUGCCACUCCCAGAGGCGACACCUGGGAUUCCUAGCAUAGAAGCCACAUUGAGGUGUGAGCAGGAAUAUGCAUGCACAACAUGUAGAGAAGGUACUGGAACAAAGUGCUUUUCAUUGACCAAGGGUGGGGAUGGGGUACUGGUGGUUCAUUUCUCCCUGGCCCUGAGCUACAGGAAGGCCUAGAGAGAGAAGACGUGGCAGGUUUGGGAUGGAAGACAGAGGAUUAAGGCUUGCUUUUCUAUUCAGACCCAGGCAGCCAUGAUUUGGGGGAUCGGGCCCAAGGAGCCAGAAAGCCUGGGGCUUGACACCAAAGGCCUUACAUCGCCAGGUCCUAUAUGGGAUUUGGAGGGGCAUCAUUCCCAACCACCCCUCCCAACCCCAAUACUACAGGUCUCCAAUAUUACUGAGGCCUUAGAAUGUGUAACCAAGAUGCCAGAAGGCCUUGUAGAGUAGAAGGUGACAGAGAUGGGAAUAGAGGUCUGAGAGGAGUUUGCUGCAAGUAUGGAACGUGUUUUGGAAAGUCAAGAGUGGCAGGACUGGGCCAGUUCAGAGCAGGGGAGCCCUAUCAGUAGGGUGACCAUUUGUACUUUGCUGGGAAGUCUGGGUUUAUGCCUGUUUUCCAGUGAGUGAGAACCCCUUUCACUUUCAAAAAAGUCCUGGUUUAGAUAAUAUAUGGUCACCAAACAUAUCAGGAAACAGUAUUCUUUGGUCAAUCUUCUGUCUUCAGGUCUUGGUGGGCCGAAUUCCUGGGGCCAGGCCAAGGAAGGCUACCUGGGUAAGGAGGAUGGGCAGGGGGUGCCCACCUCAGAGGAGCAGGCUGGUAGGGGCAGCCAGGAAGCAGUUCCCUUUGGGGGCACGAUGAUGGACCUCUAUGAUUUGUGCUAACCAGACAAGGUAACGGGGUGUGGGGAUAGCAGAUGACCACUUCAGGGAAAGAGAGUGCAGGGGUGGGUGGGCACCCUGGUGGGGCAGGGUCUGGUUACUUGUGUCUAAGAAGCGAACCCCACCCCAGUGCCAGCACUGGCUCUAUAUAUAUGUAUGUAUUUUCCCUGUACAAUGUUUUAUAAAAGAGUUCACUAAUUUAUCUGCUGUGUUAAGGCUUGAGGGGUGGGGUGUGGAUUCCCAACUGUAUCUUGCUCUGGGGUGGGCAGGGAAGGACUGAUUCUCACUUGGCUUGGGAAAUAAACAGGCCAGUUUGGAUGGCCUCCAGCUCUG